GUUUCCUUAAAAAAAAAAAAGCCUUGGCUUAUGGGUCGAAGUUGGAAUUCUUUUUCGUUGAACAGCAGUAGCAUCCUCUCAAAAGUGGACAUCGAAUCAAAUGGAGCAGACUUUUAUGACUAUCCACAGUUAGUACCCCUGAUGCUUCGGGCAUGACGAAGUCACGAUCUUCCCAGGCAACACGCUCCACCUUGCGCCAUUCACACCCAGCUAGCUAAAUCGCGACUAAUCAUUAAUGCUCUACAGACCUGUCGCCCGACGCCAACAUACUUUUUGUCUCCGAGUCCAUCGUCGAUAUUCUAGGGUACUAUCCGCAAGAUGUACAAGGCAAAUCAUGCUUCGAUUACUUUCACCCGGAGGAGGUCCCGUUUGCACGCUCCGUACAUAGCAGGGGCGUUCUUCUCGACAAAGCUGCAGUUUUACACUAUGCCCGAAUUAUGUCGAGUAACGGCCAAUGGGUAAGCUGCGAGUGUUGCUUUACGAUAGUUCACGAUGUUCUGGUGGCUUGCACGAGUAUCUAUAGACGUGGUGAAAGAAGUAAGAGACGGGCCAUAGAAGCACCCCAGAUCCGGCGAAUAUUCUCAUCUUCACCGAGAGAUCCUCGGUAUCAUAUGCUCGAGCACUUAUCGCCUAAAUUUAAGAUGCAGCCCAUGGAGAGGGAGCCACGUGCUGCUCUCAUACUGAACAGAUUUACCAGGACUUUAUCGGUGAUGUUCGCGACUAAUGCAGUCUCUUCCAUACUCGGCGUGAGACCGGAUCAGAUCAAGGACAAAAGUUUCUACGAAUGCAUCGCAGAGAACUGCCUUGCAGAUGCUAUCAAGUGCUUAGAAAGCGCCAAGGCCAACGACUCCAUCGCUUACCUCCGGUUUUGGUAUCGAGAUCCUCGAAGGGAGGAGGAUUUUGAAGAUGACGAUGAUGAAGAUGACGAGGAAGAAGAAGACGAAGAAAUAGAAGAUGAGCAAGAUGGCGAAUUAUCCAAGGGCGACGACGAGAAGUUGAAUGGUUGCAUCCAUGCUGAAAACGCUAUGGAUGUUGACGAGGACGAAAGUUUCGGCAUCAAGAUAAAGACCGAAACUAGUACGAGUCCGGAGUUCUCCAAAGCCGCCCUUUUCGCUGAAGGCGAACCCGAUGCCUCUUCUGGAAUAUAUCAAACACCAGUAGAUGCUUGCCGCCAGGUUCCGACACGGGCGCGGCGGACUAACGGGCGGCGGAGAAGGAACCGGAACCCAAUUCCCACAUUUGAGCUGGAGGCUGUCGUGUCGUGCACCUCGGACGGUCUAGUUGUCGUGCUGAGAAGAGCCCGGCCGCCAAUUCCUUCCCUCCAUCCGCCUUUGCUUCCCAUAAAUUUCGAGAAUGGCCUCUUUGCCGCACCGUGGAGCGAGCAACCAAUUCGGCCUUAUUACCCUCCAGAACAUUUCUGCACAUUCCGGCCGCCCCUUCUCCCGCAAUACAUGCCUCUACGGGAACAUAUUAAAGCGGCAGGUGGGCCACCGGUUGAACAGCUGAUGAAGUCGAUCCGGGACGUGGCUGUAUUUGCGUGGGCGCUUGUAGGCAUAAACGGUAAUUAUGCAGCAUACGGGCGUGGAGUGCCGAGGGAGAGUUCGCAACCGCACGACGAAUCACCAACGUCGGAUUCCAAAGCGCCCAUGCCAUCGCACGUCAGGUUUGAGCCGCAGCCAUGCCAAAAUUGGGGAGGCUGUUCCCAGUCGGAGGGUCGUCCAAUGGAAGCGAAUAUGCUCUUGGACGGAGGUUACGUGUCUGGCUUUAAUGCCGAGGUGUCACAGGGAGGUUACGGUGCUACGUCAACAGAGUGUAGCAACAGAAGUCCUGGUUACUCAAGCCUACCGGCGUGGCCGCGCGCAAGGCCGUACACGCCUGCGCUCGAAUCCUGGCAUCCAUACGCACAGACGCAACAUCCACCUCAACUCCCAUCAUCCGGAUUCAGUCCGCAUGCAGCAGAACCGUGGAUAGAAGCUUCGGCUUCGUAUGCUAGACAGCAUGCGAGUCAUCAAGCAAUACCGACGCAGGUACAUGGAUUUAGAGAUAAUCCAGGGAGCUACGAGAACAUGUGGUCAUAGGAUUGGAAACGCAAAGCAUUGAAUUUUUUUAAACUUUUUUUGGGGUGACCUUUGUGUAUUAAUGAAGCAUGGUCACCAUUGGUAGGGAUCUGAUUAUUCGGCCUCGCUUAGGCGUUCUGGGGGAUCAUGGAGCAUGAGGCAAUGCGGGAGGGCACCUUUAAUGGCUAUCUUAUUAUGCGAGACUUGGUUUAUACGACGGAUGGUAUUUUUACAUAGAAGGCACCUCUGAGGGAGAUAUCACAAGGGGGGUGGCUUUACGAAUUGUCAUGGUGAAGAUCCGAUGUUGAAGGGCAGGAUAAGAUCUAAAGUAUGGAUAUCCAGGCUCUGGGAAAGCGGACAACACAAUACAACAGGCGCUGAAAAAAAAAAAAGAGAUACCCGCGCUGGAUGAAUAUGUUGUUGCAUAUAAUUGGCAAAGGACAAUGCAAUACUUGAGAUUGACUAGAUUAGGUAUUGACUUGAGGUUAACUUGACAUACCCGAUUUGAGUUGCGUAUGUGACUUUCCUACGGCUCGAUAAUUCGGUCAGAGUGAUUUUUAUUCGCGUAAAUAAAUAGGGUAGGUAAGAGUGCAGCAGUGGCACAUUGAGUGAAACAAAGUCGAAGCAUGGAACUUUGUAAGUCAAUGUUUGGAAAG